GCUAGAUUCUGCUGAUGCUAAAACAACCAGAUUUCAGAAGUUUGCCAAAAUCUGCUCUCUGCACAACUCCUGUACACAGAGGACCACACUGCACUGCUACUGCAAGCUAUUGAAAGAGAACCUUCCAGGGAUCUCAGCCGGAAAGGGGUGCCAGGAUUACAAGCUUGUACAAUUCACCCCAGUUUAAUCGGCACUAAAGAUUGAACAGAUAUGGCCACUGGAAUGCUAAGAUGAUACUCUACCAACUGAGCUACAGUCUAGCUGAGGUCAUCGUAUGAACACGUUUUCAAGUUGUAUUAGCUUUUUAUUGCUACAAGAUAAGUAGACUCCACAUUCAUAGUUUUUGAGUGAGAUUCAUUUGCUUGCUUAGAGAUGAAAGCUCAGUUUGAACAACUUGGUUUCUAUGCUAGGAGUGCUUUUCAGCACGCUAGAUUGCCAGAAAUACUUGUAAGAAACAGUCGUACAUUCCUUAGAGAAAUUUCAAAUUUAGCAAGAAAACAUGUCCCCUCAGUCGUGGAUUCUGACCUGCUUUUGCCUGCUCUCCUCUGGAACCAGUGCAGUCUUCCUCAAAGGGAACUUUUCCAGAAGCUAUCCCUGUGAUGAGAAAAGGCACAAUGCCCUUGUGACUGCAGAAUGCAAUCAUCGUCAACUGCAUGAAGUUCCCCAAACUAUCGGCAAAUAUGUGACAGAUGUAGACUUGUCAGACAAUACUAUUAUGCACAUAACAAAUGAGUCCUUUCAGAAGUUUCGAAACCUCACUAAAAUCAAUCUGAACCACAAUGCCAAACAACAGCACCCAAAUGAAAAUAAAAAUGGUAUGAAUAUUACAGAAGGGGCUUUCCUCAGCCUAAGAAAUCUAACUGAAUUACUGUUGGAAGACAACCAGUUAUAUACUAUACCUGCUGGGUUGCCUGAGUCUUUGAAAGAACUUAGCCUAAUUCAAAACAAUAUAUUUCAGGUAACUAAAAACAACACUUUCGGGCUCAGGAACUUGGAAAGACUCUAUUUGGGCUGGAACUGCUAUUUUAAGUGUAAUCAAAUCUUUAAAGUAGAAGAUGGGGCAUUUAACAAUCUUAUAAACUUGAAGCUUCUCUCAUUAUCUUUCAAUAACCUUUUCUCCGUGCCUCCCAAACUACCAAGCUCUCUAAGCAAACUUUUUCUGAGCAAUGCCAAGAUCUCAACCAUCACUCAGGAAGACUUCAAAGGACUGGAACAUUUAAUAUUACUAGAUUUGAGUGGAAACUGCCCAAGGUGUUUCAAUGCCCCAUUUCCUUGUGAAUCUUGCAACUUAAGUGCGUCCAUCAGAAUACAUCCUCUUGCUUUUCAAAAUCUCACUCAACUUCGCUUUCUUAACCUCUCUAGCACUUCCCUCAGGACGAUUCCUUCUACCUGGUUCGACAAUCUGACAAAUUUGAAGGAACUCCAUCUUGAAUUCAAUUAUUUAGUUCAAGAAAUUGCCUCAGGAGCAUUUUUAACCAAGCUACCCAGUUUACAAACCCUUGACCUGUCCUUCAACUUUAUACAUAAAGAAUAUUUACAAUAUAUUACUAUCUCCCCGAACUUCUCUAUGCUUCGUUCUCUCAGGAAGUUGCACUUAAAAGGUUAUGUGUUCCGAGAACUUAAAAAGGAACAUUUCAAGCCCCUCCAGAAUCUUCCAAACUUAACAACCAUUAACUUGGGCAUUAACUUUAUUGAGAAAAUUGAUUUCAAAGCUUUCCAGGAUUUUCCCAACCUCAAAGUUAUUUACUUAUCGGGAAAUCGCAUAGCAUCCGUAAUAGAUGGUACAGACCACUCCUCUUGGCGAAACCGUCUUAGGAAGCCUCUCUCAACAGACUAUGACGAGUUUGAUCCACACAUGAAUUUUUACCAUAGCACUGAACCUUUAAUAAAGCCACAGUGUACUACUUAUGGCAAGGCCUUGGAUUUAAGUUUGAACAAUAUUUUCGUUAUUGGGAAAAGUCAAUUUGAAGGUUUUCAGGAUAUCGCCUGCUUAAAUCUGUCUUUCAAUGCCAAUGGUCAAGUGUUGAAUGGCACAGAAUUCUCAUCCAUGCCCCACAUUAAAUACUUGGAUUUAACCAACAACAGACUAGACUUUGAUGAUAACCAGACCUUCAGUGACCUUCAUGAUCUAGAAGUGUUGGACCUGAGCCACAAUGCACACUAUUUCAGUAUAGCAGGGGUAACACACCGUCUAGGAUUUAUCCAGAACUUAAUAAAGCUCAAGGUGUUAAACCUGAGCCACAAUGGCAUUUACACGCUCACAGAUGAAUACAAGCUGCAAAGCAAAUCUCUGAAAGAGUUGGUUUUUAGUGGAAAUCGCCUUGACCGUCUGUGGAAUGCAAAUGAUGGCAAAUACUGGUCCAUUUUUACAAGUCUCGAGACUCUGACACGCUUGGACUUAUCGUACAAUAACCUUCAACAAAUCCCAAAUGAAGCAUUCCUCAACUUGCCUCAGAGCCUCCAAGAGCUACAUAUCAAUGAUAACAGAUUACGUUUCUUUAAUUGGACAUUACUCCAGUAUUUUCCUCACCUUCAUGUGCUGGACUUGGGGAGAAAUGAGCUGUAUUUUCUAACCAAUUGCCUAUCGAAGUUUACACAUUCCCUGAAGACACUGCUGCUGAACCACAAUCAUUUCUCUCACCUACCUGCUGGCUUCCUCUCCGAAGCCAGGAAUCUGGUGUACCUGGAUCUAAGUUUCAACACAAUAAAGAUGAUCAAUAAAUCCUCCCUGCAAACUGAGACAAAAACAAACUUGUCUGUUCUGGAUCUACAAGGGAACCAUUUUGACUGCACGUGUGACAUAAGUGAUUUCCGAAGCUGGCUAGAAGAAAAUCCGCAUGUCAGAAUUCCUAGAUUGGUAGAUGUCAUUUGUUCCAAUCCUGGGGAUCAGAGAUGGAAGAGUGUCAUGAGCCUAGAUCUCACGACUUGUGUGUCAGAUACCACUGCAGCUAUCCUGUUCUUCUUCACAUUCCUUACCACCUCCACAGUGCUGUUGGCUGCUCUGGUUCAUCAUCUGUUUUACUGGGAUGUUUGGUUUAUCUAUCACAUGUGCUCUGCUAAGUUAAGAGGCUACAGGUCUUCAUCCACAUCCCAAACUUUCUAUGAUGCUUACAUUUCUUAUGACACCAAAGACGCAUCCGUCACUGACUGGGUGAUCAAUGAGCUGCGCUACCACCUUGAAGAGAGUGAGGACAAAAGUGUCCUCCUUUGCUUAGAGGAGAGGGAUUGGGAUCCGGGAUUACCUAUCAUUGAUAACCUCAUGCAGAGCAUAAACCAGAGCAAGAAGACAAUCUUUGUUUUAACCAAGAAAUAUGCCAAGAGCUGGAACUUUAAAACCGCUUUCUACUUGGCCUUGCAGAGGCUAAUGGAUGAGAACAUGGAUGUGAUUAUCUUCAUCCUCCUGGAACCAGUGUUACAGUAUUCACAGUACCUGAGGCUUCGGCAGAGGAUCUGUAAGAGCUCCAUCCUCCAGUGGCCCAACAACCCCAAAGCGGAAAACUUGUUUUGGCAAAGUCUUAAAAAUGUGGUCUUGACCGAAAAUGAUUCACGGUAUGACAAUUUGUACAUCGAUUCCAUUAGGCAAUACUAAUGCUGGGAAGUUAUGGCUCUGUGCCAUCAAAAAAACCACACAGCUUCUCUUUAUAAUGAACUGUGGCAAGUGAAUGGGCACAUGGCUGCGCGAGGUGCUGAAAAUAAGGGACAAUUGGGUGUUCAGCCCUAAAGAGGACACUUAUACCAGCUCCCCUAGGGCUUGGGUAACUUUGUGGAAGAGGGAGUUGGAAAAAAUGUAUGGACUAGACUAUAGGUAGAAGGGCUGAAAAAUGCUAUCUUCUGGGCAUGACAGCCAUUUUGACCAUGAUGGCACAGCAGCUAGGGUUGCCUGCAGUGAGUGUGCACAAGACUGGGCCUCUUAUCAGUCGAUUAUGGAUGGGUGCAGGCCCCAUAAAACUCUACUCCAUCUUUCUGAGGGGCAGGUCCCCUCUACUCCACCCUUUUGCACUAUUGGCUAUUAGUGAGUACUGGGGAAAAGGCAAUCAUUAUCUUCAGCCGUGUACCCAUUGAUGAGCCCAGAUUCAGUAGAUGGUUCAACACCCACGGUUAUGCAGAAAGCCCUGGUAAAGUCAGUACACUGAAAACCAAAACCACAAUGCCUGAGCACGAGAAAUGGUCUUAUAAGGUGGGUAGGUUGGCAGCAGUGGGAGAGAAGAUAGGAAAAGUGGGCAUGAAGCUAACCAGAAUGCAUGGCUUCUCUCUCAUAAACUUCACUCUGGGAUCCACUCGCAAGCUCUGCCCCAUGCAGUUGUCCUCAAGAUUCAGCUUCUCCUGUGUGUUAGCCGUCGUAGUUCCCUGCUAUGUGAACUUCUUUCCCAAGGCACCUUGUUUCAUCAAGGCCAGUGACAGGAGACACAGAGGUUGACAACAAGUGUCAGUCGUUUGGAAGUGGAUCAGAAAAUGAUAGCCACAGCUGGAUUCUAUUUAGUAAAAGUCAACCACAGAUCCUUCCAGCUCCAGACACCAAAUACCUCAGGUUGAGAGAAAGCUAUUGAAAGCCAGGGUAACAGAUCUGAGGGCCCCUCAGCUAAGAGGAAAGAGUUUGACUGAGACAAGUGAUUGAAUCAAUCAUUAUCUAUUUCUUUGGGCUGAAAUUAAGAGACAGCUUGCCAUCUUGGUCACAGAUCCUCAAUCCUAGGAAGGUCAGGUCACAUGGGCCAUCAUAGCAGGCAGCUUAUUGUACCGACUUUUCAAUCCCUAAGGACAUUUGCCACUGUAUCUAAUGAUUUUGACAUUAAGAUGCUGGUGAAGUUGAUAAAUCCAUGCCUAUGAGGUUAUAUUACAUUGUGAUUGCAUUAAUCUUUCUUUUACAAUGACAUUUUAACAUAAGUUUUGAGAUUAUAACUACAUCAUUUCCUCCUCUUUCCUCUCUCCAAAGCUGCACAUGUGCCCCAGUCUGACUUUUACAAAUGUUGUCUACAAUAUUUACUUUUUAAGCUUUUGAUGUCGCUUAAACACUGAAGAGGAUAGUUCUUAAACGCCUUUCAAUUCUUAAUCAUUUUAAAGGUAUUUGUUUAAAUGGAAUGAUUUUGGGGUACUUGUGAUCUCCUGUUGGUAUAUAUUUUCAAAUGAAUGAUUAAAAUUUCUUCAUUUUACAUGACAAAUGUGUGAUAAAUCUGUAGUAGACAAAACGGACUCUAAUAUAAAAAGUUGUCAUUUGCACUG